AAGAGUCCAAUAAAAAAAACUAUAAACUCAUUGCAAAAUAUAAUUGAAUUUUGUACGUUGACAAACAGUGGUUAGUACAUCAAUAAAAAAUGGGAUGCAAUACUAGUAAAGAAAGUAUUCAAUCGGCAACCGAGGAAUCAAAGGAGGAUGUUAAGAAUGGUGAAAUUCCAAAGUUCACAAAUACUGGUGAUUCAGGCAAAGAAGAAUUACCUGAAGAUAAUUUGGAAAAAAAUAACACAGUUGACUCAACUAAAAAGGAUCUAGAAGAAGCAGUUGUAAAGAUACAAGCUGUAUUUCGAGGACACCAUACCAGAAAGAGUAUGAAAGGAACAGAAACUACAUCGCAGCAAAAGCAAACCAAAGAGGAGAGUGAACCAACACAAGAACAGCUGCAGGAAGAAUUUCGUACGGAUGACGUUGAUCUCUGUAAUGCAGCAACAAAAAUUCAAGCUUCUUUUCGCGGCCACAUGUCCAGAAAAGAACAAGCUGUUGCAACAGUCAUGAAAGCUACUGAAGACGCUAUAGAAAAUGUAUCGUCAAAAAUAGAGAAAAAGAUGGAUGAUGCAGCUAACGAAUUAGAGGGCAUCGAUUUAACCGAUCCAGAUUUACACAAAGCAGCAACUAAAAUUCAAGCAAGUUUCCGAGGCCAUAAAGUUCGUCAGGAAGUAGUUGUAACUGAGACCAAAAAAUAAAGCUACAAUUAUUAAGUGAAAACUAGUGAUACUAUCGAUAUGUGCAACCUUAAUCUAUAAAUAGAAAUAACACGCAGUUAAUAAACCUGAUUUCUGUAUAGCUGUAUAUUUAUAUUGUACCAAAAAACCAACUUAGUAUAUUUUAUCUCGAAUGAACCCGAUGUCUUAAUGAAAAAUAUUAAAAUAUAGAUUCUGUUAAAAUUUAAGCCCUUCACAAUAAUCUUCAGAGAUCUUGAAUCAAAAGUGUUCAUUUCCUAUAUUCAAAUCAUAUGGGGUAAUUUUUAAAACUCCAAAAUAUUUAUUGAAUACUUUAAAGAAAAGGUGAUUCAUGAUUUUAAGAUGUAUUUUUAAUUCAAAAAUUACUCAAGGUCAAUCUUUAGCUUACUAUAAAUUUUUUUACUAUUGCAUAAAAUAAUUGUUAUUUGCAUAAUGACUGUUAUUUUCGUCCAUAGCGAUUAUUGUUUUAUUUUAGUGCUCAUAAAUAAUAAACUUCAUUUGCAAAAAUACUUAUAACCAUUAUUAUUCACUAGUUUAAAGUUUUUUUGAAUUUCUUCCGAUCAGUCAAUCGAAAUUUAACAUUCUCUUAAGUGAAUUACAAAAAUUUUCUUUAACAACGAUAGCUUGGUUGCAAAAUUUAAAUAAUCUUGGAAAAAUAUUUUAAAGAAAUUUUAAACAGCUUCUCUACGUAUUCAGAUAAUUAAUAAAGAAAUUGAAUUAGGUGAUCUAUAAAUACUCGUAUUAAGGGCUCUUAUUAAAAAUGAAUCUAUAUUGUGACAUUUUUUACUUGAAUUUUAAGACCAUUUGAGUGAAUGAAUUUGUAGGUUUUUUGACACCGUCUAAUAUACAUAUUUCCUUUCUUGUUUCAAAUAUUCUUCAAUCUAUUACGAUUGUUGAAUAUUCCGUUAAAUUUUAAGUAAAAUACAUUAUUUAACUAUAAAUAUAAAUGACUUGUUGAUAACACCGUAAAUAAUAAGCCAUCCCUAAUUGUUGAAAAAUUUAUAAAUUAAAUUGAACUACUUUUUUGAAGAUAUCAUUAAUUCAUAUUUAGCACUUUUUGUUUGUUCAAAAGUAUACUGUUCAUGAAAUUGAAAGAUAAACUUGAUUAAAUCGUUAAAAUUGAAACAACAAAAAAAAAUAAAAUGAAUAAAUUCAUUAAUAUUAAAUUUAAAUGGAAACUAAUUUUUCAUGAUGUUACAUACUUCAAAAGCUAACCAUCGUGAAAAAUUCCAGAUGUUCUCAAGUGCAAUUCAUGUAACACAGAUAAAAAUAUGAAAAUAUAAAUGAGUAAUUCCAGAUUAUAUACCAAAUAGCUUCAAGAACACCAUAAAAAGAUGUACAUUUUGAACUUAUUUCUGCUCAAUAUUGAAGAAUACUAUAAAAAAUAAUUAAACUGUUAUCAUAAGUAUUUAUUCUAUGAUUAGUUUUAUCUGUAAAAAUCAGAUAAAAUAAAAUGUAUAUUCAUUUGAUGAUACUUUUUACAAGACCAAGUAAAAGCUAUUACCUUAAUAAUGGUUACUAAGUCUCAAUUAAGAAACUUGUUUUUCCAAAUAUAUAGAAAACAAAAAUGUACUACCAACCGGCACUAAUAAAUAAAUGUUGUAUGAAAGAUCCAAGCCACUUUACUCCACUUUUGAAUAAAACUUUAUUUCAAAUGA